AUGGACGUCAAGGCAACAGCAAGCCGUCGUCCCCAUCUCACCACAAAUGACACUCUCGACGCCCAUGAGCUGGUCGGCAGCAUCGCGAAGGACGGCACUGCAUCUCUGAAGCCACGUCACAAUCAGACAACCUAUCUCCAGAACGCAGAUACCUCCAACAGCUCAAGCUCUGCUUCGUUGACCUCGGAUGAAGACAUCGAAGACUACGACAAGAUCAAGCUGGACCCAGACACCAUCAUCGACGGCAGCAGUGGUGGUCCUCUGGGCGAUACUGCCACUGGCUCACAAGAAGAGCAGGAUCUCUCACUCAAGCCUUCCAGGUCAGGCGUCGGACAUAUACGAAGACAGUCCGACACAACCACUCGUGAACUAUCGCCAGACUCUCGUCGCAAAAGCAUCCAAGUCCGCCUAGAAAAGACUGAUCGCAAAGGUCACUAUACCCUCACCGCCAAUGAUCCCGACAUUCGUGAUAUCCUUAGAAAGGGCAUGGAAAGAGAAAAGGCUUCACAAGACCCAUCCAAGAGAUCGAGGACUCUUCGUGACCUCGUCUUCACUCGCCAGUUCACAACCUUUGACCGACAAAACCCUCUGAGCGCAGAGUCUCCCUUCCACGGCUUCUUCACCUUGUUCUGGUUGGCCAUGGUCCUCAUGUUCCUCAAGGUCUCUGCCUCCAACUGGAGAGAACAUGGCAGCAUCUUUGGAGGCAACGAGGUCUUCAAGAUCAUGUUCGGCCACGACGUCUUGAUCCUGGGCAUUACCGAUGGUGUCAUGGUCUUCUCGUCAAUCCUGGGCUUCUUGCUACAGAAGGCCAUUGUCAACAACUACAUCAGCUGGAACAGGUCAGGCUGGAUCAUUCAAAACAUCUGGCAGACUUUCUUCCUGGGCUCUGUUGUCUGGUGGAUGUUCUACCGUGAAUGGCCGUGGUCCCAUACUAUUUUUAUGGUUCUGCACACCAUGGUUUUCCUCAUGAAGCAGCAUAGUUACACUUUCUACAAUGGUCAUCUGUCAGUCAUCUACAGACGACGCAAUAUGCUGAGAGAGAAGCUGCGCGACCUCCGUGACACGAAGCCUAGCGAAUCUGCGCCAUCCACCCCUCAACAAGCUAUUAGUCCUGCAGUGACGAGCGCGCUGGAGAGGGUAGAUUCAAACGACAAGAAGCGCCGUCCUUCAACGUAUCGCACUUCGACCAAUCUGGACCACGAAACCUCCAAGGUGGCCAGUGUUGCAGCCGCCAUGCAGUCUGGCGAGCCUCUCACUUCGGACCAGAUGCAAACAUUUCAGGGCGUCAUCGAGGAGGAGAUUGCGACUUUGGACAAAGAGCUCAAGGGCAAGGCACAGUCUGAUGAAAAGGCGUAUCCCAACAACUUGACGAUUGGCAACUUUGCCGACUGGACCAUUUUACCCACACUGGUAUACGAACUUGAAUACCCUCGACAGGAGCGCAUCAACUGGUGGUACGUGCUGGAGAAGAGUAUGGCAACAUUUGGUACAAUGUGUGUGAUGCAGGUCAUCUCUCAAGCAUACAUCUAUCCUCCAGUAGCCGAGACGGUCCGGAUGAAGGAGGCAGGCAUGUCUCUAGAAGACCGAGCCAAGCAGAUGCCAUGGAUUGUGAGCGACAUGCUGUUCCCACUGUUGUUGGAGCAGCUGUUGUCGUGGUAUGUCAUCUGGGAAUGCGUGCUCAACGUGCUGGCGGAACUCACAUGCUUCGCGGACCGAGGGUUCUACGGCGACUGGUGGAACAGUGUGUCGUGGGACCAGUAUGCCCGAGAUUGGAACAGACCAGUUCACAACUUCUUGCUUCGACACGUCUACCAUUCAUCCAUCUCAGCUUUCCACUUGUCCAGGGGAACGGCAACAUUUAUGACGUUCCUGUUGUCGGCACUGGUGCACGAGCUAGUCAUGGCAUGUCUGUUCAAGAAGGUGCGCGGGUAUCUGUUUACGAUGCAGUUGCUGCAGAUGCCCUUGGUGAUGCUCAGCCGAACCAAGCUACUCAAGGGCCGAGACUUGCUUGGAAACGUGGUGUUUUGGAUCGGGCUAUUUGUGGGACCAAGCGUGCUCACGAGUUUCUAUCUCUUGAUUUAG